CUGUGGUCCAUAUUAAAAUCAGAGAAAACCCAGGUGUUUCCCAAUAAUCAUGUAAAUCAGACGGAGGAAACAAAACCAACAGAGCUGCAGUAAGAGGUGGAGCAACACUGGAAAGAGGAGAGCUUCAACGUCACACUCCAGAAAUGAAAGUUAAGUUUGUCAGAGUGGCAGCCACGCAGCAGUCGAGACAAGUCUCUGUUUCUCUCUAAAAGAAAAUUCAAACUGAGUUCAUCAGGUCUUUCUCAGCAACACAGCAGAGUCUCUGCCAAACACUGAUAUGGCUGCUGCGAACUAUCUGCGAUCUGAAGAUCAGUUUCUGUGCUCCAUCUGUCUGGAUGUGUUCACUGAUCCUGUCACCACAUCAUGUGGACACAACUUCUGCAAAAAUUGCAUCAAUGAACACUGGGAUACUAAAGACCAGUACCUGUGUCCGAUGUGUAAAAAGGUUUUCUACACAAGACCUGAGCUGCACGUCAACACUUUCAUCUCUGAAAUGGCUGCUCAGUUCAGACAGUCAGCUCAACAGGAAGCCAGCAGCAGCAGCUCAGAGACACAAGUUGCCAAACCAGGAGAAGUUCCCUGUGACGUCUGCACUGGAACCAAACUGAAGGCCCUGAAGUCCUGCCUGGUGUGUCUGGCCUCCUACUGUGAGACUCACCUGGAGCUUCAUCUGACAGUGUUGGGCAUGAAAAGACAUCAGCUGAUCGACCCUGUGGAGAACCUGGAAGGCAGGAUGUGUACGAAGCACGAUAAACCUCUGGAGCUGUUCUGUAAGACCGACCAGACAUGUGUCUGCAUGCUCUGCCCUGUUUUAGACCACAAGACACAUGAUGUUGUUCCUCUGAAGGAAGGAUAUGAAGAGAAGAAGGCCGAGCUGGGGAAGACAGAGGCUGAAACUCAGCAGAUGAUCCAGAAGAGACGACUAAAGAUUCAGGAGAUCAAACGCUCGGUUGACCUCGGUAAGGAAGAUGCAGACAGAGCGAUAGCAGAAGGUGUUCAGGUCUUCACUUCUCUGAUGGCGUCUGUUGAGAGAGGCCAGGCCAAUCUCAUCCACACGAUCAAAGCGAAGCAGAAAACAACAGAGAAACAGGCCGAAGCUUUCAUCAAAGAGCUGCAACAGGAAAUCUCUGAGCUGAUGAAGAGAAGGACUGAGGUGGAGCAGCUCUCACGCUCUGAAGACCACCUCCACCUCCUCCAGAGUGUCCAGUCCCUAAACACCCACCGCCCACCAUCCACCAAGGACUGGACAGAGGUCAGCGUCCCUCCACCAUCAUAUGAGGGGACUGUGGUGAGAGCUGUGGCUCAGCUGCAGGAGACACUCAGUAAAAAGAUAAAGAAGCUGCUUGAAGCAGGGCUGAAGAGGGUCCAGCAGUAUGCAGUGGAUGUGACUCUUGAUCCUGAUACAGCACAUCGCAGUCUCAUCCUGUCUAAUGAUGGGAAACAAGUGAAUCAUGGUGAUAUAAAGAAGAAACUUCCAAACAAUCCAGAGAGAUUUUCUACCAGUCUCUGUGUUUUAGGAAAGCAGAGUUUCUCUUCAGGCAGAUUUUACUUUGAGGUUCAGGUUAAAGGAAAGACUAAAUGGACUUUAGGAGUGUGCAGAGAGUCGAUCAACAGGAAGGCAGACAUUACACUGAGCCCUGAGGAUGGUAACUGGACUAUUGGGUUGAGAAAUGGAAAUGAGUACAAAGGGUACAAAGCUCUUGCUGGCCCUUCAGUCCGUCUCUCUCUGAAGUCUCAGCCUCAGAAGGUGGGGGUGUUUGUGCAUUAUGAGGAGGGUCUGGUCUCAUUUUCUGACGUAGAUGCUGCAGCUCUUAUCUACUGCUUUACUGGCUGCUCCUUCACUGAGAAACUCUUCCCAUACUUCAAUCCCGGUGAUAAUUAUGGUGGUAAAAACUCUGCACCUCUGAUCAUCUCUCCUGUCAGAGUAAACUAAUCACUUUGUCUUACUUCAUGUAUUGAAUUAUUUUUAUUCAAGGGAAGAAAUGUACAUGUUUAGUGACACUGUAUAGUUUUAUCACAUCUUAUUUUCUACAAAAUCUGUUUACUGUGGUAAUUGAUUUAUAUUUCAUUGUUAAGAUUUUUUAUUAUAUGUAUCCCAUUACAUCAGCCACACAUUAAUUUGAUGCAUUCAUCUCUUCAACCCUGCAUCCUAACACACUUUAUGUGGAGAAUAUCUAUAAAACCCACAAACAUUUAUUUUCAGUUCCAGAAGAAACAGUUUUCAAAGACUUUUGUAAAAAAAUGCUGCAAAAUAUCUAGAUUUUUUUCUUUUUCUGUUUGAUGUGCAGCCACAGAAAACAUAUUGAUGAAUAUUUAAUUGUGUUAUAAAGCUUCAUUUGAGAGCAAGGCCUUUCACAUGUCUAUAGUGUCUACAGAAUACAGUUUGUAGCAUAAAAAGUUAAUGGACAAGUUAAUUGCUAAUGUAAUUUUCUAUUUUGUGUGAAAAGUGGUUUGUUUAAUUACUGGAAUAAAAACUGUAAAAUAAA